AUGACCGCUAAGGCAAGAGAAAAUUUGAUUUUCAUGGUUGCUGCUUUACCACGUGAAGUACGCCGCAACCUUUCGUAUACGUUGGAGGAAUUUGUGAUUCGUUGCUCGUUCAACAGCGAGGACUGCAAUCUGGAAAGAGAUUUCAAAUUACAAAUGGAUCCGGAAUACGGCAACUGUUACACAUUCAAUUUCAACGAUUCCGUUGAGCUCAAAAAUAGUCGUGCAGGACCGAUGUAUGGGUUGCGUCUACUGCUAAAUGUGAACCAAAGCGACUACUUGCCAACAACGGAAGCAGCGGGUGUUCGGUUGGUCGUACAUGAACAGGUGCUAUCUAGAAAUUCUGCAAUAUGA